AUGACGACUGAUGGCGGUUUGCCAUUUGACUUAUCGACAGUAAAAACGAAAGCUGAUGAAGACCAUGUACGUAAAAACAAGAGAAUCUUUGGUAUAAAGGAAGCACCUACCUUUUAUCCAACAAGAGAAGAAUUUAAAGAUCCCUUGAGUUACAUUGAAAAGAUUAGCCCACAAGGCGAAAAAUACGGCAUUAUCAAAAUAGUGCCACCUAAAGAUUACAAACCUGAAUUCAGUUUAAAAACAGAGAACUUCCGUUUUAAAACUCGUAUUCAAAAGUUGAAUAGUAUGGAGGGUGAAACUCGUACCAAUGUCAACUAUCUGGAACAAUUGACAAAGUAUCAUAUAUUAACUGGAAGGCCAGUUGGAAAAAUACCCCAGUUAGAUAAAAGACCCAUCGAUCUCUAUAAGCUCAAGAACGAAGUGGCUCAAAGAGGUGGUGUACAAGAAGUCACUCGAUUAAAGAAAUGGGCUGAAAUUGGAAGAAACCUGGGUUAUGCACGCAAACAAUGUACUUCCAUGUCAAACGCUCUCAAGUCCGCCUACCAAAAAGUAAUUUUGCCUUAUGAAAUCUGGUAUGCCAAACAUAAGGAAGAUGUGGAACAUAUCAUCAAGAAAGAAGACUCCAUUACAAAUAAUAGUGGUACGAGUAGUGAUACCUGUGAAAUAUGUCAAAAAAACGAGAACGAGGAAAAACUAUUACUAUGUGAUGGAUGUAACCGUGGAUACCACAUGUAUUGUUUAAGCCCUCCUUUAAACUCCAUCCCAAAAACGGAUUGGUACUGUCUACAAUGUUUGACUGCUGUCGGAAAAGAUUAUGGUUUCGAGGAUGGCGAAGAAUAUAGUUUGGGCGAUUUUCACAAGGUUUGUGACAAAUUUAAGAAGGAGUGGUUUGAAAAGCUACUUGGUCAUCAGAAGCCCGUAUCAGAAGAGGACUGUGAAAAUGAAUUCUGGCGUCUAGUCGAAAACCCACAUGAAACUUGUCAGGUCGAAUAUGGCGCAGAUCUACAUAGUACACAACACGGAAGUGGAUUUAUGGCCGCCGAACAAAUGCCAAGGGGUGCCUUUGAUCCAUGGAAUCUCAACGUUAUUCCUGUUGACCCAAAGUCGCUAUUUACUCACAUCAAGACAGAUAUUAGUGGCAUGAUGGUACCCUGGCUUUACGUGGGUAUGUGCUUCUCUGCAUUUUGUUGGCAUAAUGAGGAUCAUUACACUUAUUCGAUCAACUACAUGCACUGGGGUGAAACAAAGACUUGGUAUGGUGUGCCUGGUUCAGAUACCGCUAAAUUUGAAGAGACAAUGAAAAAGGCUGUGCCGGAAUUAUUUGAACAACAACCAGAUUUACUAUUUCAACUAGUCACAAUGCUUAGCCCUGGUCGACUCUUGAAAGAAAAUGUGGAUGUGUACGCUGUUGAUCAGCGUCCUGGUCAAUUUGUCAUUACUUAUCCCAAAGCCUAUCAUUCUGGUUUUAAUCACGGUUUUAAUUUCUGUGAAGCAGUCAACUUUGCUCCUGGAGAAUGGGUGGAUUAUGGACUGGAAUGUGUCAAACGUUACAAGGAUUUUAGAAGGCAGCCAUGCUUCUCUCACGAUGAAUUAUUAGUCACCGCUGCUCAGAAUAUUAAAUCAACCAACAACAUGGAUUGGUUAAAACGUGGUCUAGUAGAAAUGCAGAAGAGAGAAUUAAAAGAGCGAAAUGCUAUUCGAACAAGAAGAAUGAAGGAAUCUUUAUUAGAAUCAGAUACGCGCGAAGAGCUACAGUGCGUCUUUUGUAAUUGCUAUACCUAUCUUUCUCACAUUGCCUGUGAAUGUACCGACAAAGUAUCUUGCUUGGAUCACAGCUCAGAGCUGUGUACUUGUGACCUGUCAUCAAAAACCCUUCAUCUACGAUUUACCGAUAAGCAAUUAGACGAAAUGACAAAAAAUAUCCUCCACUCAGAUUCAAAUCCCGAUGACUGGAUCGAGAAAUUAAACAAGGCCAUCACAUCCAAACCAAGUCCCACCAUGAAGGGCUUAAAAGAAUUAUUGAAGGAAGGUCAGGAAGCUAGUGUACCACAAGAAUCAUUAGAUACAUUGAAAGAUUAUAUUGAUGUUGUCGAUAAUUGGUGUUCCGAUGCCGAAAAAUUGCUCAGUCUCAAGUCCGAAUCCAAGUCUUCCAGCAAGAAAAGAGAUCAACGUAUACGCGACUUGAUCCACCAGGCUGCACUCAUCGGAUUUGAUUUACCUCAUGUUAAACAGCUAAAGACGUAUGCGGAACAACUGGAAGCUUACACGGCUAAAUUGACAGAUCAUGUUUUGGCUUCCACAGACAGAGAUAUGCAAUCAGAACUCUAUCAAGAGGGAUUGCAGUUACGUGCGGAUUCGAUCAGGUUUAAUCAACUCAAGAAUUCAUUGGAAUCAUGCUCUUGGGAAGAGCAAGUGGAAAAAGCGAUUCGACUGCCUUUCAAUCCAAAAACCAUUCGAAAAUUAAUCAAAGAUGCAGAGGAUCUUGGUAUGACCGACGCUGAUGGACCAUGGUUAAAACGCCUUAUUAUAAUGGAAGAAAGGGGAAGAGAUAUCACCCAACAUAUUGAAAACAUUUGUAAAGGAAGAGAAAAAAUCGAAUUUGAUCAAGAAAAUACCAUUUUACAGAUUGGCGAAAACAAACAAGAUCCCAACGUAUCCAUCAUACUCGACCCUCAUUUGCUGAAUCGACUCAAAAAUGCCAUGUCAAGAUCAAAGAGCACCAUCCGUGAAAUUGAAAACAUGUUAGACUUUCAAACUGCAACCGCUGAUGUGGCAGAAAGACCUUCCUUGACAGACGCUCAACGGUUGAUGUCCAUGUGUCGGGAAUUGAGUUUUAAAACAGAUUUGGUCACACGUUUGUCAAAUGCAUUGACCCAGACUGGAUUAUGGAACGAUCAACUCAGAUCCACUUUUAUGAACGGACGUCAAAAGUCUUUAGAAACCGUCAUUCGAGAAACCCUCAAUAAUGUACAGAGAAUCACCACCAGUGAAGAUAAAAAAGGUAUUUGGUGUGUCUGUCGAAAGGCUGAAGCUGGGUUGAUGAUAGAAUGUGAUAUAUGUCAUGAAUGGUAUCACAGUUCGUGUCUUAAAGUACCCCGUAACGUUGUACGCUCAUCAAGUUCCUAUGUCUGUCCCAUUUGUAAUCCAACCGAAACAACCAAAAAAAUAACGCAUCUUUCUCGACAACCCAAGCUGGAGGAAAUUAGUGAUUUACUCGAAACGGGUGAAUUACUAAAAUUUAAACCCAAGGACUACAGUAUUAUUGUUGAUAUACAUUCGCAUAUGCAACAGUAUAGGAAUAGAGUACAAGCUUUUUGUAGAUCGCGUCCACUACUAGGAUUACAGGAUUUACCAAAGAUCAGGUUUUAUCUACGUACAAUGACAGGACUGGAAGUCGCCUUACAGGAUGAAACAGACUUUUUACGAACAAAGAUCCAAGCAUUAGCACCUAUUUCGUCUACACUCAUCACAACAACAAGCUCGCAUAAAAUAACUACGGGUAAUGUUGAAAAUACGGCGAUGAAGCCUACAUCAAUAGGAUCUGAUCCUUCUACACCUGAUCGUAAAUUAUCCACUGAAAGCCGUAAGUAG